AUGGAUUUUUAUGGAAAAAACGGGACGAGUGAUAAAAAUGGCUACAAACACAGCACUUCCAAAUACGUGGUUCCGGUUUAUUUCGACAAUCGGCAUUCGAUUUCUCGCGCGAAUCGAAAUACUGUGAUCGGGCAUUUUGCUUGGAUAAAUAAGGAAUUCAACAAUUGCAUUCAAAUCGACCCGAUUUCUCGUCUCGCAGCGCAGCGACUCGAGCACAAGAUCCACAUCGUCGACGGCGGCGGCUGUUGGAGCUUUCUCGGCGCUCAACAAGCCGAAGCAACUGGCCAGCGGCUUUCGCUCGAUGAUACUUGCUACACGAGGGGAGUGACGCUGCACGAGAUAUUUCAUGCGCUCGGGAGAGAUCAUGAACAAAAUCGACCAGAUCGGAAUGAAUAUGUAAAGAUUCAUUGGGACAGGAUUACUGAUGGAAAGGCCAAAAAUUUCAAGCUUCUUGUCGAAGAAGCCUGGCUAGACACGAACGAUCAAUACGAACUCAAUUCCGUGAUGCACUACGGUUCGUGGGACUUCUCCCGCGACCCGAAAAACUACAACUACCCAACAAUCACCGAUCGCAAAACCGAUCUGCCGAUCCAAACCCAGCGGCUCCGACCAACAACGCUCGACAUCAUUCAAACCUGCAAACAAUACCACUGCGAAGAAAACUGCGGCCACGAGUUGGUCACGUGUCCAAUUUCUCGCGAGAGAAUUUUCAAACAUCGGAUUUGCGACGGCGAAUUUGAUUGCUCCGAUAAAUCCGACGAGGAAGACUGCGAUUUUAGUUGCUGCAAGUCGUUUUCUCGAAAACGAUUUUUACUCCUUCCACUCGAAAUUCAAUGGAAAAGACGCUUACAAGUCGAACUCCGGACUGUACCUCUACUACAUGACGAAUCAUUGAGAAAUCGGAAUAAUUCAUCGUUACUCUCAAAAGGCGACAAAAGUCCGAUUUGCGUGGAAGAAGAGGUCACCACGUCGAUUCAAACUUCAUCAACGCCUGAGACAACAACCGUGUCUUUGACAUCGUUAUCGACAGAAACUCCUUUGUUCCCAAUUGAGGGGAAUAAUGGCGAUUGCUCGAAGAAGCCGAAGAUAAACAAUGGCUUUUGGGAGUGUGAUGAUCAAGGCCAAAGAUGCAGUGGAAAAUGUAAUCCUGGCUACGCAUUGAGCUGCGACGAGCUUUCGCUAAAAUGCGCUUUGGAUCAAGCCGGCUCAAGUUGGGAUCAAGUUGGCUACGACGCAGGAUGCAAAUGUCUACCUGAGUUGUGCAAUGUAAAUCAGCUACCUCAGAAAGCCCAGAAGCCUGCUUACCAUUGGCACUGCGAUGAAAUGGCUAGUGCUUAUCAAGUUCCAACGGGAGCGACCUGCCGAGCAGUCUGCGAAAAUCGAGAAGAUACAGAACUCAUCGCAAUUUGUAUUGGUCAAAUUUCUUCGAGCACUUGUCUGGCAGACGGGAGCUGGUCGAAUCGUCCCAACUGCCACUGCUCAAAAAAUACAUGUGGGGAACCAAAACUCUUCAGCUUGAAGGAAAGACGACUUGGAGGCGAAUUAAUCUACUCCCAGGAAACGACCCGAUUCGGCUUGAAUUCGAUAGUAACCGCUUCGUGCCCUGAUGAUGCGAUUCUCCAGUGCACGAAAGGAAAUUCAGCAAAAUGCACUUUGAAUAAAUUCGGAACGAUGGACUGGGACACCGACUCCGAAUGCGAGUGCAUCAAAUACUGCCCCAACCCACGUGAAUCCAUCCGACUGGCAAAAGACAUCAUUCCAAUUAAUUGUGAUGACAUCAGUAAUGACAAUUCCUGCAACUUACAGUGCUCUCAACCUGGUCAUGUGAUUCAUACCUCGAAUUAUGGAACACUAAGCUAUUCAAUCAAAUUAAAGUGUUACUGCACCCGUCAACAAUGCCGCUGGAAGGAGCCACUUCGAAAUAAACCCCUGACAGGUGCGUAUUGCGCCGACGAGGGCGCUUGCCCAAAUCCAGGCGAUUUCUUCUACACUUACAACGCGUCAAAUAUCGAAAUGGAGUGCAUUGAUCGUUACGGCAGGCCGAUCAUUUAUGAAGAGGAAAAGGUCAAGUGGGGCGAGAGUACGUACUUUGAUCAGAGUUAUCAAGGAAGAAUAGCGUUUCUGAGAAGUAGGGGGCCAAAUUACGAACACGGCUCUUUUUGCAGAUGGAAGUGCAAGGCCAGCAAUCAGCGAAUUCGGCCGAAAUUGUGA